UCCAGCAUAUUUAUCAUGUGAUAAGCAUUCCCAGUACAGCAUAUUUUAGGUACAGUACAAUACAGCUCAGCUCUUCCAAGAGAUAGCUAAGCAAUGGUGGACCAGGUUUUUUGAGUGGUACAAUCUGAUUGGACGUAAUGGAAGUAACGAGGCCUAAAAAAAAGAGAAGACCGAAAACCAAAGCACCGAGUGGUGUGGCUAAGGAGGUGUCCACCACUGUUCAAGAAACCCCAGUGUCCAGUGGAGCCUCUGUUACGGUUCUAUCCGACCCACUCACCACUCCCAAAGACAAGCAAAAACCUAGCGCUGGCGCUGACGCUGAUCAUGUGACGACUAAAGACGAGGCGAGUAAGCCCCUGGUAAUCAAGGAAAUAUUACCUCAAAUAGAGCCAGAGUUGAACAAGAUUGAAGGUACAGAAGAAGAUGGAGUAACUAAAAAUGAUCCUGUCGAAAAUCAGGCCUCAGUAUUGGUACCAGAACAGAACAUUGAUUCCAAUACAGAGGGUGCAUCAGUAAUGGUACCAGAACAGGCCUCGGUAUUGGAACCUGAACAGGCCUCUGCAUUGGAAUCAGAACAGGCCCUGGUAUUGGUACCAGAACAGACACUAACUGAGGAAAAUGUAGCCCCAUUGAAUAUCGAGGAACAAGAAGUUGCUACAAGUCACCUGACGGAAAAAUCGACCAAUGAAAUAGCAGAACAUUCUACACCGAGACUCGAAACAGUAGAGCCGACCAAUCAGAUCGUAGAGCCAUCGGCACCAAGUCAUGUGACAGACGAAUUAGCCAAUCAGAGCGUAGUACCGUCCGCCCCCGCACUGCUUGAGCUCAGCGAGACUUCACAACUGGCCCCUCGUGUGGAGGGUGUGGAGAGUGUGAGGAGUGUGGUGGGCGUGAGGAGUGUGGAGACCAGUGAGCUGCUCUACCCUCAGCUGGACAGUAUCAUGCAAGAACAAGAAGGAGAUGAAGAGCUGAUACCGUUCUCUGAGGAAGACCUUGCCAUACUCUGCCCAAACAGACAACUAGACACCAACUCUGUUUUUGUCGAGAACUUUCUCAGACACACUCGUCAAGAGAGGCAUCCGCUGUACGACCUCCUAAUCGUCUUCCUCAAGGCCAAGCAAGCAUGGAGCAGCUCUGUCAAAGAAAUGGAGGCUCUUCAGAACCAGUACACCACACACCAGUCCUUAGUGUGGGACACUGAGAUGAAAGAGGUGUUCGCCACGGGUAAAUGCUCGGAUGGUUCAAAGGUCACACAAUCACACAACUAUCGAUACGCAGUGUUCAAGGUGGAACAUGCCGUCAAAACAACCACUGCCCUCAAGGGCAUGCGAGAGCUCAUCCAGGAGGAGCUGUGUAUUCGGUCGUACUCGAGUCAGCUAGCUCGUAUUCACGUCGACAAUUUCCUGUUCAAAGUGGUCAGCUCUUAUCCUGAGCUGAGCUCGUUUGGAGGGGACGCCCCCGUGACCUGCUGGGUCCCGAUGUGCCCCCCUGGUGAGCUGAACCCCUACACGACCGCCCUGAGGGACUGUAUUUCCGUACUGUUCAUGUUUGAGAGAAAGCCAGUACAAGACAAAGAGUUUUCCAACGACUGUAGACAGUGGCUGGACCUCCUGAUGAGUGCACUCUUGCGUAUAGCGUCUCUCUCAGACCAUCGGUUCAUACUGAACCACCUCCUGCGAUGCCCCCCCGGAGUGGCCAAGUGGGGGGUCAAAUACGUGCACGCCCCCUCACCCCUCCUCACAAAACACACUCUUCACACACAGUUCCCCAAUGGAGAUCUUGGUUCUGCUCAGAAUAACCUAGUGUUUGAGUGGGGGGUGGAGUUUGGUCUCUAUGGCAACUGGGGCGGACCUUUAGUCGACCAUUUUGUCACUUCCCUGGCAACUCUUCUCUUCCCUAUAGAAGAUCGUGAGGCAAUGUUGGCACUGUUUGAGAUUAAGUCUCAAGUUGUUGAGUCAGCAGAAGUGGGAGUGAACAGACAGAUAUCAGAAACAUGGACGUUUGUGGAGUCCGACGACGAGGAUAUCGGAGCUGAUGAUUCUCAUCUGCUGCUCAAAGAGACGGACUUCAUCAAGAUAUUCGAUCAGUUCAUGUUCACCGAUCUUUUCCAACACAUCCUCUCCGGGACAACAGGCGGUGAUGACUUCAACGUGGAGAGGGUGAGCAGUCACAAUAUUCUCCGUCUCUUUGGGUUUGGAACAUGUCUUAUUCGUCUGUUGGGAGCGGCCUUCUCCACACUCAGAAUGGCCCGCUAUAAGGAGUUCCUCAAGCAGGUCGGCAGGACAAUCAGACAAACUGUACAGUACCUAGCGGACAUAUGGAUGCUCUACAAGUCCCAUCGCCUCACUUGUGGAGACACGCCCACUUCCAUGCCCUCAGAGUGCGUGGGCGGAGACCCACGAUACUCGCUCAACCGGUUACAACUCGAGUUUGACCAGUUUGUCCUGCGAGCAACUCGAUGGAUACUGUCAGCACACAAGUUGGGAGCUUGGCAAUUUCUAGCGGAUAUGCCGUACGAUAGUGUUUCAAUGGAAACUGUUUGGAAGAUAUUCUGGAAUAUUUACUGCAAGCCGAGUCCAGACUCUCUAGUGACGAGUGGUUGCUAUGGUAACAAUGGAGGCGGUGUUGCUAGGGACAACCAACGGGAAUCGUCUCCGGACAGCGUGUCCGACAUCCAAGAAGCAAUGAAAGAUGUUCGCUACAAGGACCAGUUUGUGGAUCACCUGAUGAAGACGUACACGUCACAGGCAGUGUUCCUCCUCACCACCCUCGUCAACAUUGCCAGGGCACGCCCCCACACCGAGAAGGACCUGAUCAAUACCAUCUCACUAGAAAUAUUCGAGUGCACCCAGGUGGUAGACUACGCUAAGGAAGCCUAUUCGCGUACAGGGCACACCCUCCUGGAUUCCAUAGCCAUCGUCCAUCCCUUUAUAACCUCCACUCUGCUGCAGAGGGUAGAAUCAGUCAUAGGUCAAGCUGGAGAGAAUUGCAUUUUGCUGUUCAAAGAGCUUCCGUUGCAUCUCUGGAUCCCCACGUCACAUGACCUGAGCGUGAUCUCAAGCUGGCUGAUCAACUCACCUUUGACCUCUCCAGAAAGUCUUCUCGCUCGAAAUAUUCUGAGUGGCCUCAACUGGGGUACCAAAUCAGAGGAGGGCUCCAGCGAGCUUGUGUUACCUUGGUCCGUCCAUUGCUCUGUUGCCUUGGCGAUCGUGGAGGCUCACACUCGUCACUUACCCACACAGCCGGGCGGACGAGACUACACACCGGGAAAGUACACGUAUCUCCAGCGGUUCACCAUAGCAACGGAACAGACGGCCUAUGUCAAGUGGGCGUGGGAAGUGAUCCUUAUGUUGAAGCUCCACCCACUUCAAGUUGUACAGCGAAGCAUGCGAACUUUGAACCCUCUCACAAGCUCAACACAAGAACAAUCUGACUCUCCGAGUGGGUCUGACCCUCCCUGGGUGUGUAGGACCCCCCAUGGUGAUGACAUCAUUCUCCCAGACCUAACGAGCUCUAGUGAGACUGAGUUGGCAGAGCUGAGAGAUGCUGUGACAAACGAGGGACAGUUAGCGUACUAUGUGGCUCUGUGCAUCACUAGCUUAGGCGCAGAUACUACCCGCUUUGUGACUGGCGGUAUCUCAAUGAUACGUCAGCUCAUCACCAACGGUUACUAUCUGCCCGUACUCCGGGUAUUGGCAAACAUCACACCUCGAUUCUUCAACCACAGAGAAGCACUUCUAGAGGAAGAAGGGUUUAUUGCGAUCAUAGUGUCUGUGUGCAAUGCUGAUCAAGUGAACGCCUCCCUCAAAGAAAAAUGGACGUAUGCCACGCCCCCUCACUUUGUCACCAAGAAAAUGUCCGCCCUCAUUCAGACGCAGCUGCAGGGGGCGUGUGGUCCGAGUGGUGUGGGCGGAGAGAAGGUACUAGAGUUCUGGUUACACAUUCUACUGGCUUGUCCAAACUGGUACCGAGAGGGCAGCAUUCUUCACAUACUAGAUGCUCUCUGUAUGGCCACUCACAGUCAAGAGCAAUGGCAGAGCAGCAUUCAAUCCGUGCUGCUAGAGGCAUAUAAGGAACUGAAUCCCAUUCAGCCUAGCAAGGGUCUAAUAUCGUCUGUUACUUCGUCUCUUGCAUCCAUGGUCCGACAGAGCGGAGUGCCUUCACUGCACAAUGCUAUAUCAUGCUCCGAGUGUCCGUGGCUGGCCUUUCAUUCGCUCUGUGCAGAGCAAACUUUUGAGGAGGAACAAGGCAUUUGGAAUGCUCUACUCAAACAGCUCAGAAAAGACAAUAAAAUAUCCAUUGAUACUGCUCUAAAGCGUGCUUUCACUGAGCUGAGUCUGCCAGGGGGAUUCCCCUCCACCCACCUCUGCAUCUAUAGGUGGGCGGAGUUUGCAGCCUCGUUGGACCACACCCACCCCGUCCUGCCACUCGUUUGGCAGAGGUUCUUCAUGUUGUAUCUGCAGAGACCACAUCUGGACUCAUCAAUGCCGGAAAGAAGUAGUCAAGGUAUUCGUUUCUUCUCAGUCUCCCGAACGGCGUCACUACGGAAACGCAUGAAGUCAUCCCUCUCGGACGUGUGUAAGGGGUUGAAGGACGCGGUCAGUCAACUGGAGGAAACCCCCCAAGGAGAGAGGAGGGACCUCUUGCGGCGUUUCUUACCUAACACCCUGAGUUUGUUCCAGACCCUCCGACUGUGGUUGGAGGAGCCACGCCUCCACACACCUGACCUCUAUCUCAGGGGACUGCCCUCUCAGUACAACCCAGACAGACUCACAACUGUCUUCAAGGCCCAGCGUGGGCCCCCCUGGAUGGAAUUCGUGCCUCUGUGGGAGGUCAAAGGUCAACUGAACAACCUCGUCCAAGAGUGGAUGGAGAUAGCAAUCUACCAAAAGAAUUUGGGGACAAAAGUUCAAACAAUGGAUUCCAGCCCUGAAAUAGCUCGCACAAGGCUUCAAGCUCGUCUCAAACACUCCUCCCCAACACCAACACUACCUCCACCGUUUGUCUAUAUCAAUCCACCAGUUUCCAUGGUAACCCGAGACGUCCUAAUGUCCCGAGACGCACUUGUAGCAGUUGUCAAGGUCGACCUUCAGUGCAUCUUUGGACAAGCAAGGUCUUACUGCUCUAAGCUGUCUACACUCGCCACCCUGGAUGAUCAAUAUAUGGAGGGCCUGCCCAACUUGUAUUCUAAUGAGCCGCGACAGUUCCACGUCCGAGUUCCUUGUCACAGCAGGUUCAACCGCUCUCGUGUCUGUCAGGGUCCGGCCACUAUUGUCUUCAGGAUUGAGGAGAUGACAGUGCAGCCGAGGGUAGAACAAGACCUCAACGUCAACAGAUCAGAAUAUAGUGACAUGGUUAGCUCUCUUUCAUCACCUGUGGUGCCGGAACUCUGUCAGCUUGUCAUGAAGCUAGAAAACACUGUGGCAGAGUUGGCCAAGAUUGCAGCCGAGAAUCCUGGUCGCUACCCGAACAUUGGUCUACAAAACGGGAUUGCCAUAUUUUACGAGAUCCUUGGGUUCAUAGGUCAGAACACUCGCCGCUACCCACCUUCAAGACAAGUCCUCACUGCCUGCCUGCAAAUACUCGGACAAGAGUUCAUUCAGCGUGACUCUCAACAAACUAGCAAUGUUCUCGACCAGCUGCUCUCUCAACAAGGCAACUCUGACAUCCUGGUGCCUCUGUUCCAACCGAACCUGUCGCCGGAGGAGUUUAUCAAUAUGUACGGGACAGCUGCAGAAAUGGCCGUCAAAGAAAGUCCGUCAGUAGCCUUCUCUGUACUCACCAAGUUCAACAUUCCGUCUUGGCUGGUAAACUUUGACCCCAGCGGAGACGACAGGAGUCAGCUGCUACAGUUCAUAUCUCAAGGUCUUUGUUUAUCUGGUCCAACUCCUGGUAGAGACAACGCUCUACUGGUGGAGCUAUAUCGGAAACACUUUGUUCAGCUGGCCAGUCACAAGUUCCCUGACCAGUACUACGAGGUACUCAGGAUGGCCAUCAAUUGUUCAGACAACGGGAGCAUCACAAUAGACGUCUGGAACGACCUUUGCACUCUUGUCGGGUCACAUGACACCCUGAACGGAUGUAACCUUAGUCUCAACUUAAUUCGAGAUUCGAUUAAAUUAUUGUCAUCCAAUUACGUUCAGAAGAGGAUGAUUUCCGGAGAGAGUCUGUACUCACUUCUAAUUAAAGAGUACGUCCCUGUAAUUGGAAAUUUCAUUAGGGGACUGUGUCUGGGUCUCGUUGAGCGGUGGGUGGAGGCUGUUUCCAUGGAGACGGCUGAUCAUUGUGCAGCUGAGAACGAGUGCUGGGUGUCAUUGGUGGAGAUGUUUCAGCCGUGGGUUGCCCCUAUCGAUGUGGGGGGCGAUAAGACAGGCAAUAAAGUAUUGUUCCCGUGUCUUGGAGGAGAGUGUGAUCUGAUGGCUGAACUAUUGUCUAUAUUUGUCGAAGUCAUUACAGUUGCAACAACAUCUCUCAAAGACCCCGAAUCAUCAGAUACCAUAAUGUCCCAAGUGUGGAGGUACUACUGCACGUCCCUCUGUCUCCCUCACACACACCCACACAUCACCACCACCUAUCACUCUGUCCUUGUACGGUUGCCAUGGUGCUCGUUCACUCCUGACCUAGCCGCCCUGGAUUCUAUGAUGAAGCUUAGACUAUUGGACACCUCACCACGGUCUUGUUUUGUGUUCCUUGGGAGAAUAUUCCCGUCCAUUGAGUGGAAGAGAAUAGCAGCUAGUUACCAUGACAUUGGUGACCAUGACAACGACGAGGCAAUGGCAGUCAACUUCCACAUCAUGCUGUUGCAGCUGUUGGUCAUGUUAGCAGCCGAAGAUCAGGUCAUGAGUGCCAAGGAUACUGGUAUGCCUGAGGUGAUAUCCGACGCCCACUCAUUUCAUUGGGAGACAGUAGGUGCCAAGACGUACCAAGAUGUGGUUACCUGGCAAAAGAAGAACUGCGACUCUACUGCUGUCCUCAACACAGGGUCGUGUCUGUUCCUCGCUCUACGGUUACUGAAAUCUGCAGCUGGCUUUCCGUCGAGUAACGGUCCUCCCGAGUUCUGGCAUAACGAUACUUGGGAGAAAAGGAUGGCGUAUGUUCACCUUGUCGUGGAUCUGAUUGGACGGAGCACUCUCAAGAGCAGCUGUCUCUCUCAGACCUACUCUGAUGCUCUCUCCCAUCUCUAUCAGACGGCAGUGGAUAUCUGUGUCAAUGAGUACACAGACUACACCACCGCCCACCUAGUGCCCUUGAUGCAAGCUAUCCUAAACGUGUUUAGUUGCUGUCAAUCCUCAGAUAGCGUUUUAGAUCUGCUCAUGACCGUGACCUUCGAUAUCAUCGAGCAGCUUCCCAACGCCCACCUCCUCACACUACCAACCAUUACAGCAAGCUGCAGUGCCAUCCACUCAAUACGCUGUAUGGUACGCGUGAUCGAGCACUCAAUGGAGCGUCACUUUACAGCUGUUCCCAAGCCUCAGCCGUAUAUGGAAGUGCUCCCCAAAGAUCCUCUCUGCAUGUAUGGCUGGAAAAGCGUUGUCCAAUCGUUGAUCAUGUCUGACGAGAUCGUUGAGGAAUUUUGUGCUUGUAGUAUUGCCGAAUUUGCUGGUCUUACUUUGCAUGCACAGUUGCUGCAAAUGUUGCCGCAGUGUACGAGCAUGGCACAAGAGUCUCGGAUAUGCUCCAAGCUGGUUGGAUGGUGCACUCAAGUGAAACCUCUUGCUGGGAUCUCUAAUGAAGCUAAGAUGUUUCUACUGUGGGAGAAAACACUAGGCCUACUGCUGAGACAGAUUCGUUAUGAAGGUACCAAUUCGGACUUGACCCCAUCCCAUUUCAGCACGAUAGCUGCAAGUAUGCUCAGGUACGGAGAGGACAAAGCCUCCGAGGGUCUACUAGGAGCAAUCGGGUUCGGGAAGAAGUCUGUCUACAGCUACGAAUUUCGACUCAUCUCUCGAGCGAUGGCUGCCUUCCUCCAUUGUCAGAUGCCUGUAGAUCAAUCACAGACCACUCAGCUCAGGGUCGUACCCAACGCCCCUGGGCAUGUGCGAGACACCCUCAAGGGUCAAACAAAUACACCGUCUACACCACUGUUCUCUAGUAAAACACCCACUAAACAAGCCGAACAAACUCUCAAUAGUCUAGAAAGUUUAAUUGCCAACAAGAAUUAUCAACACCUAAAAGAGCACAUUAUUUAUAGUCGAGACUUUGUUAAGGAUCCUUCGCAUUGUGUUAUGGAUUCUAAUAAACUUUUAAUGCAUCUGUGCACUGCUUUGUAUGAUAGUUAUCGGUUUUUAGACUUGAUGAAAGUUUUGGAAGUAUGAUUAAUUUAUGUGUGUUUGUGUUCUGCACUGUGUUAAAAUUAAGACUGAAUAAUAAUUAUUUCCACAUAA